GCAGUGCGGGAGGGUGAACCUGCCGCGGACGUGGAGAUGGGACGUGCACGGGGACAUAUCCGUCGGUGUCGGAAUUCAGGAUAAAUUGACCCGCGACGGCGGAACUCCGGGGGCACGCGUUUAAGUCAAGCGAUGUGACCGUUUGCAUACAUCUCAAGAAGGACGCUUUUUUUUUUAAUGUCAAUUUAUUAUAGGGACUAGAAUAUCCCGGAAACUGGGACUAAAAGUUGACCUAGGUUGCCUUUGGAUUUGACUGGGCGACAAGGUUCAACCCGACAUGCGUGUGGAAGAGCGGCAUGUGUGAAGCGGAGGAAUGAGAGAGCUGCCGUCCGCUGACAGAGGGGACGUAUGUCGGGAGAUAAUGGAAUUACCUCUCUGACCACACACGCAAAGUCCGAGGAACUGUAUCAGGCUCAUUGUGUUGAGUCGGGUUUCAAUCCGGUAAAAUUGCUGAUUUAUGUAUUGCUGAUUCUGCUUCUGCACCAUGUCUUAAAUUACCAAUGGAAUAGAUAAAAGAAAAACGGGGGGAUUUGAAUUGAUCCAUAGAGCUACCCCUUUUUGUUGAGAAUACUGCAUAUUCCAAGGAAUGUAGCCUCUUUUAGUGCAAGCAUACACCAACGUCUUUCUAAAUCAUCCAUUAUCCAAAAACAAGUGCACGUUUUAACGGACGCCAAUGUCCCACAAGGCGCUGUGUGGGGCACACUGACCUUAUCAUGGCACGACACUUUUGGAAGUUAAGCUCGGUCUGAAACAGUCUGGCGAUGUAGCGGGACUAUUUUUAUUGGGUGGUGUUUUUAGCACACAACUAUACGCACAAACUAGCCUACUAACCCGUUUAUCACACCCAUAACAUUCGCCAUCGUCGGCGACGACCAGAAGAGAUGCACCCAGUCAAAGGUCGAGCGACUCCCUGCGCCCGUGGGUGCAGUUGCAGAGUACAGGAAACAGCGAGGAGUCGAUAACUGUCAAUCGACUUCGAGCGAGACACGGAAACAGCACGUGGUUGCUAGCACUGGAUGGAGUUGUGCUGGCACGUGCAUGGCAGACACCGAACCCGCAUUUUGACUUUCUAUGCCUAUAUUUUGGAUUAGACCAACUACUACUCCUACUAUGUUGAUCCAACUGUCGUGAUUUUAGUUUUUUCUUUUUUGUUUCGCUGUUGUGUCCAUGCAUCUUUCCCCCCCAGACCUCUGGACGUUGUUGUGGACUGUGGUGGUAUUCAAUGCGAUGGGCUGCAUCCAGAGCAUCAGGUGUAAACCCAAAAGCUUCCGAGAGAGUGUCGUGGUGCUGGAGGUGAACUCGUCAAUCGACCCCAAUCCCACGAGCAUCGAUGAGUCCUCCAGCGUCGUGCUGCGGUACAGGACGCCUCACUUCCGAGCGUUCGCGCGGGUGCAGGUGCCCCCCGUGGCCGGCAAAGAGACGUGGACCGUCGGCUGGAUCCAGGCGUGCAACCACAUGGAGUUCUACAACACGUACGGGAACAAGGGGAUGUCGAGCUGGGAGCUCCCCGACCUCCGCGACGGCAAGAUCGAGGUCAUCAGCGACUCGGACGGCGUCAACUACCCCUGGUACGGCAACACCAUGGAGACCUGCACGGUGGUGGGACCCACCAAGAAGGACAGCAAGUUCAGCGUCAGCAUGAACGACAACUUCUACCCCAGCGUGACCUGGGGCGUGCCGGUCAGCGACAGCAACGUGCCCCAGCUCACCAGCAUCCGCCGGGACCAGAGCUUCGUCACGUGGCUGGUGGCCAUCAACCAGGCCACGGACGAGACGCUGGUGCUGCAGACGGUGCGCUGGAGGAUGAAGCUGCACAUCCAGGUGAGCCCCGAGAAGCCGCUGGGCCAGAGGGCGGCGUUGAGGGAGCCCGUGGCCCAGGAGCAGCCCCGCGUGCUGGUCAAGAACGAGCCCAUCUCGCACGACGCCAUGGUCAAGCCCAACGCGAACGACGCCCAGGUGCUGAUGUGGCGGCCAAAGGCGGGGCAGGCCGUGGUGGUCAUCCCGCCCAAGUACUGAGGAGGGAUCCUCUUCUGGGGGGGGGGAGGAUUGGAGCGUUUUUUUUCCAACGGCUUAGUGGAUUUUGAAAUGGACUGGUCGAUUUUUAACCGACCGAUACGUUUGAAUGGACCGGUCCGUUAUUGGAACGGAGCGGUUGGUUUGAACGGGCUGGUACAUUAUGAACGGGCCGAUCCGUUUUGAAUGGGCUGAUUCGUUUUGAAAGGGCUGGUCCAUUUGAAAAGGGCCGGCCCACUUUUAACGGCCUGAUCCGUUUUGAACGGGCUGAUGCCUUUUGAACGGACCGAUCCAUUUGAUAAACGGAGCGGGCAUUUUGAAUGGGAAGGUCCACUUGGAAUUGAACCGAUCCAUUUUGAACAGACCGAUCCAUUUUGAACUGACCGAUCCAUUUGACUCAUCCGGUGAACCGGGCUGGCCUUGAAUCCCUAUGAAGUUAAGUCAUCGCCUACUUUUUUUAUAUUUUUGUGUUGUUCGUUUUGAAGUUUCCCACCUGAAAGUCUUUCCUCUUCAGAAUCGUUUCACAGAUUAGAGACAAAGCCAGAGAACAACGAGGACAAAAUGCUGGGGAACAGCCGACCAGUUAUUUUAGAAACUUAUGUUUUUAUUGCGUUCAAGUGCUACUGAAACUUUUCCGUUUUCAAAACUAGGUCUAAACACCUACAACCAUUCUACCCUCAACUUAGGUCGGGUCUCACUGUGCUAAACGAACUCAUCGCAAAAAACUGGAAAACAGAUGCAAAAUUUGUUUCCUUUUUUUCUUUUAUAUUCUUGUUUUGGGUCAAGGAACGUGCGUGUGUGUGUGUGUGUGUUUGUGUGUGUGUGUGUGUGUGUGAACUGAAGAACAAAUUGAGUUGUUACAUGUCAGUGUGUGAAUAUAAUGUUACAUUUAUGUAUGUAAAAAUAUUCAUGAAUACCAAUUGUAUUUCUAUUUAUGGGGCUGGGAAAGAGUGCAUUCAACUGUGUUUGUCAUUGUUUAGCGCCACUAUUGUGUGCUCCACGCGACUGAAAACAAACUGUAUGAAGUGCUAUUUCAUGUUGUUUUCAACUGCAAGACAUUCUAUCCAUGCUGCCUUACGUUAAAAAAAAAGCUUUUUAAGGCAAACGUCUUUUGCCUUAAACUAAGUGCAAUGCAGUAUUUUGCUCAUCAAGCCCGAUUUUUUCCAGGACGUUUGGUGCUGACAUGUUUGGACUUAGUUACGGACCACCUGGCCACCGCGUGGGACCUUUGGUUCAGAAUUCUAAUGCAAUCUUAUUUAUUAUAAAUCUUUUGCUGUUUGCCUCACACAUGCAAUCUCCCUCCGUCUGCCCGGGCAGACGCAGCCGUACACAAAGCAAUCCACAGGUUCAUUCACAGGAAGUCCAGCAGUACGAUCUGGAGCGUGGUGGGGGGUUAGGUACAACGCGUGUCACGCAGCCCUCACAUACAAAUAUAGAUGCACACAGAGUAGCUUCAGCAAUAAACACUUGGAUGCAUAUAGCACAACAUGGCUCUGCUAUUUUCAGGGGGGGAUAAACAAACCUAGCUUUUAGGAGGGAGAAAUACAAAGAAAAAAAUCUCCAUUUGAAAUCUCCAUUUGAUUCAUGGUUUUAACACUUCAUCUCAGGGCUUCUUGUUACUGGGCAGAUCAAUGAAGUGGCUGAUCAUAAUGACAGAGAAACAAAGAAUCACACACAAUGUCGCCCUCCACUGUGUUUUUCCUCAUCAUGUCUUCCUUUCUAUCCACUGGUGUGAGGUGGACAGGGCUUUGUCGAACAACCCAUUCAUCUGAUCAAUUAAGUUACGGAUCAUAACUUAUUAUUGACGGUGGCAGCUGGAAGAGAUUACUGUGCUUCUCAUGAAUAAAGACGGUACCUCACCCCUUUUGGAAAGGAAAAAAUACAUCUCUCUUUGUUUCCUCUUUCAAGUCCGCUUUUAAAUUAGGCUGUUUCAAAUGUGUGAGAUAACAAGCCUUAUUGUCUCUACUACUCUUAUUUCUCCUUCGCACUUCCCCUCAUUUCCAAAACCCAUUCAACCUCUUCUGUGAACACACGAAAAGUUCAAUAAACAAAAAUGAUAAUGAGAAAAAUCAAACCAUUCUAAACAU